CAUUUCCUAUUCUCCACUACUCAUCAAACAUUCAUCGACAUCGUUUCCCCCACUUCCGCUCCCUCUCAUCAACUACCAUCAACAUGUACAAUCCCAAAGUCGGCGACAGGCUAGAAAGUCUCGACACUCCCUCAAUGGUCGUCGACCUUGACAUAAUGGAAGAAAACAUUCGCAAGCUCAUGGGUCUCCUAAAACCAUUAGGCGUCAACAUCCGACCACAUCUCAAGACCACCAAGAGCCCUAUCCUCGCCAAAAAGCUCAUUGCAGCCGGCGCAGAAGGUGGAUGCGUGGCUAAGCUUAGCGAGGCGGAGGUCAUAGCCGCAGAGGGCGUCGACGACCUGCUGAUCACGUGCGAGAUUGUUGGACCGGCGAAGGUCGCGCGGCUAGUGCAGCUAUUUCGAAAGUAUCCUAAGAUUCGGACUGUGGUUGAUAGUGAGGAGGGAGCUACUGCUAUAAAUGAGGCUUGGGCGGCGUCUAGUAUUGACGAGCCACUUCAGACCCUCAUUGAUCUGGAUGUUGGCUUGGAACGCACUGGGAUCGCACCAGAGUCGGCUUUAGCUCUCGCGCAGCACAUCUCAACCCUCAAGCACCUGAAUCUCAUCGGUGUGCAAGGCUACGAAGGACAUCUGCAACACGUACACGGCCGUGAAGCGCGAGAAAAGGAGUGCCGGGCCUCGAUGGCGAUCCUCACCAGCACAGCCAACAUGCUACGGGAGAAGGGGUUUAACAUCCAAGUCGUCACCACUGGUGGGACCGGCACAGCUGAGUUCUGCGCAACCACGCCCGGCAUUACCGAAGUGCAGCCCGGCUCUUUCAUAUUCAUGGACUCGGAUUAUCGGAACGCCGUGGGCACUUUCUUCUCGCACAGCCUCACAAUCCUAUCAACGGCCAUCAGCAAAUCCGGCUCUCAACGGCGAGUGACGAUAGAUGCUGGCCUUAAAUCCUUGACUACGGACAGCGGUUUUGCUGAGCCGCUGGCCAUGCCUGGCGUCACUUACACCCCCAUGGGAGACGAGCAUGGGUGGCUGAGCUGGGAAGAAGGCGGCACUGACCUACUUAUUGGAGCGCGCGUGCACAUGGUCCCCAGUCACAUCGAUCCAACCGUCAACCUGCAUGACUUCUACUACGCGUACCGGAAAGGAGUCAUUGAGGAGAUAUGGCCGGUUGCAACUCGGGGUAAAGUUCAAUAG